UCAAAUCAGACGAAAAUGCGGACAAUACUUUUGAUAAUGGGACUUUUAUUGGUGGCCAGCUGCUCCUCGGUUCUAGCCAGGCCACAGGAGGAGUCUAGUAGCUCCAGUACCAGUACUACAUCUACGACCACUACAACUACCCCUAAACCAGAGGAGAAUUCCAGCAGCAGCAGCACCACCACCACCACUGAGAAGCCCAAAGAGGAGUCUACCACCACCAGUACCACCAGCACUACGACACCCAGUUCGACUCCUAGCACCACUCCUAGCACCACUCCUAGCACCACUCCUAGCACCACUUCCAGCUCAACCACCACCACAACCACAACCACUCCCAAACCCGAUGAUGAGGCCGCCAGGCUCCUGCAGCAAUGCGCCGAGUUGAGCCGCCGGAAGAAGCGCGGUGGUUCAUCCUCUUCCGAGGAAGACAGUGGCGAGAAGAAAUCUGCAAAGAAAGAACGCAAGCAGCUGAAGAAACUCUGCAAACAACUGAAGAAACAGCAGGAAAGGAAGGAGGAGAAGGCCCAGAAGUCGGCUUUAUCCGAUCUGGCUGAAGCCUUGAGAAACUACAACCAAAAGCAGAAGAACUAAAUAGAAAA